GUUUCACCGUUCCUGCUCGCGCUGACAGGAAACAGCCGAGAGCUGCAGCUGGACUGAAGGAGGAUGAGAAUCUUCAGGAUGAGUUUGAUGUGGAGCAGCAUCUUUAACAAGCGGCGGCUGUGCCUCUGUCAUCCCUCCUGCCGGCGGCUCCACGUCGGCCAGCGAGCCUCCCUCACCAAAGCCUUCUCCUCCCGCGACGUGGAGCUGUUCGCCGAGCUGACGGGCGACACCAACCCCCUCCACCUGGACCGGGCCUACGCCCGCACCACCUCCUUCGAGGCACCCAUCGUCCACGGCGUCCUCAUCAACGGCCUGAUCUCGGCCGUGCUCGGCACCAGGAUGCCCGGCCGCGGCUGCAUCUUCCUGUACCAGGAGAUCCGCUUCCCGGCGCCGCUCUACAUCGGCGAGGAGGUGACGGCCGAAGCCGAGGUCCGCAAGAUCAAGAUGUCGUUCGCCUUCAUCGCCGUGACGUGCUCCGUCCAGGACAAGGUGGUGAUGGAGGGGGAGGUGAUGGUGAUGAUGCCCGAGGAACAGCAGAAGAAGGAGUGAGAGAAGGAGGAGGGGAUGAUGCGACAGUCGCAGCGAUUUCAAAAAUGGUCGCUGCAGCACCAAUGUGUAGCUUGGCGUCUCCCAAGAUGAUUUGGUCGCAACGCUUUUUCUACAUGAUGGAAUUUGCUCCAUGUCGGCUUCACACUGUGAUUUUUUUUUUUAUGUUUAUUGAACAUGUAGUUAAAGGCUGGCGAUAAGAAGUGCGUCGGGACAGAGCAGCUACCAGAGAGGAUUUAUUGUUUAGAUGUUUGAAUUUAUCAAAUCUGCUCUGUAUUUACUUUAAUAUUUAGAAAUAUUGUUGAAUAAAAACUUGAGAAAGUC